CAUGAGAAUGAUAGCUAGGUCGGCAACCCUUGAUGAGUAAGUAACCAUCACGCGCUGUGUUCCGCGACUCAACUUUCCAUCCAUAAUCUAUUUUCUUUCAUUCUCAAUUUCCUUUCAAAAGCAACAAACAAAGAACACAAUACACACACACAGAUCCAAUUCGUCAACGCCAAUUCAAAAAAACACAACAAAAAGGUAAAUUAAUGUGCAAUGCAGAGAUCACGUAAAGCUCUUCUGGAAAGAAGAGCUUCUCUUCUUCAUAACCAUAUUAAAAGCUCUUCUUCUUCCUCAAAUAAUCAUUUUUAUGAAGUUUCUUUGGUUUUUGUUUUGUGGGGUUUACUUAUUCUUUUCAGCUUAUGGAUCAGUUACACAGAUGGAUCUGAGGAUCGUUCAGUUGGAAUAUCAAAUUGGAAUGAAGUUAACCACGGAUUUUGUAAAAUCUCUGAUACUGCUGAUAUAUAUUUUAUUAAAGAAAGGGAUGCUUGCUUUCCGUCAGAGGCUAUAUUAUAUUCUAAAGGUGGAGGUGCUGAGGUUAAAGGUUUAGUUGGUGAGUCACGCACUGGUAGAGGAAAUGGUGCCUAUACGGUACCUGGUGAUUUUAAUAAAGAAAAACCUGGUUUUGCCAAUAGAGAGGAGCAUGUAGUUGAGAGUUCUGAGUCUUCUAUCAAACAUGAAAAUGAUGUCAAAAAAUCUGAUCUCUUAUCUCGGACUGCGCCGCUUGGUCUUGAUGAAUUCAAGACUAGGGCGAUCAGUUCUAAAGUUAAGUCAGGGACUGGUCAAUCUGGAAAUGUAAUACAUAGAUUGGAGCCUAGUGGUGCAGAAUACAAUUAUGCUUCAGUAACAAAGGGAGCUAAAGUUUUAGGUUCUAAUAAAGAAGGCAAAGGUGCCUCUAAUAUCUUAAGCAGGGACAAAGACAAGUAUCUUCGAAAUCCAUGUUCUGUGGAGGAGAAAUUUGUCAUCAUAGAACUUUCAGAAGAAACCUUAGUAGAUACUGUAGAAAUAGCAAAUUUUGAGCACCACUCUUCCAAUUUGAAAGACUUUGAAAUCUAUGGAAGUCUGAACUUUCCGACCGAUGUUUGGGUUUUCCUUGGGAAUUUUACUGCUUCAAAUGUUAGACAUGCUCAAAGGUUUGUUCUUAAAGAGCCAAAAUGGGUGAGAUACCUAAAGUUGAAACUUCAAAGCCACUAUGGUUCAGAAUUUUAUUGCACACUAAGUGUUGUUGAAGUUUUUGGUGUGGAUGCCGUUGAGAGGAUGCUGGAGGAUUUAAUAAAUACUCAAGACAAUCUAUUGCCAUCUGGAGAAGGUAACGGUGAUAAGAAGACAGUACCACCCCAUCCUGAUUCUGCUGAUAGUGAACAUGUUCAUCAAAAUCCUCUUGAUGGGAUCAGUUCCGGCCCUGCUUCAGAUAUCCCUUCUUCCAAUCAUGGGACGGCAAACAGUAAUGUUCCUGAUCCAGUUGAAGAAAUCCGUCAACAAGUUGGCAGGAUGCCUGGGGAUACUGUUCUCAAGAUUCUAAUGCAGAAAGUCCGUACUCUAGACUUAAAUUUAUUUGUUUUGGAGCGGUAUAUGGAAGACCUAAACUCAAGAUAUGUUAAUAUUUUCAAAGAGUACAACAAAGACAUAGGAGAAAAAGAUAUAGUUCUUCAGAAGAUCAAAGAAGACAUUAAGAAUCUCGUUGACCAGCAGGAUGUUAUGGCAAAAGAUGCUAAUGAUCUCAAUUCUUGGAAGUCUCAAGUUUCUAAGCAGUUGGAUUAUCUACGCCGGGACAAUGCUGUUUUGAGGUCCGAGGUUGAAAAGGUUCGGGAGAAGCAGGUCUCUUUGGAAAACAAGGGUGUGAUUGUGUUUUUAUUAUGCUGUAUUUUUUCAUUGAUUGCUAUGUUAUGGCUAUCUUUGGAUAUGGCUAAGAAUAUCUUUAGAGCAUUAAGUGUUGAUAGAACAGCUGACUCCAGGAAUUUUUGUGCGGGUAGCUCUUCCUGGUUUUUUCUAUUAUUGAGUUGUAUCAUUAUUAUUUUCAUAUUAAUUUUAUGAUAGUCCAUUUUUGAGA